UUUAAUUUUUUCAGAAUGGCCGGCCUAUUUGUGUCCAAUUUCAAUCCCAUGUCUUUCCACGUAGAAGCAUUCAGGGAUUACGAGGGGUUGCUGGUACAUAUCGAGACUAAUGGAGGGCACGUAGACCCUAGCCCCACUGGCGAUCACACCAUCGAGGUCGGCGACGCUGAGCCUCGCUCAAUGAGCGACAAAAGGCAGCUCUAUUCGGCCAAAUUCAUUCCGGUGAGCGUGGCCGGCAACAAGUUGCUCAACCUCAACCAUUAUUUGUGUAAUUUAUCGAGCAACUACAAGAAGACAUUCGAUGCCAACGAAAUACUGAGGAGAGAGACGGCCUGGUCUCAAGUGGCACACUUGAAACACACUCAAAACCACGUGACGCAUGAAGAAACGGAGGACAUGGCUUUGCUGCGCUACGUAAUUGAAAACCACAAUUCAUUUGGUACUGGGCCUAGUAGGACUAAAUUUUACGCUGACAUGCACAAGAUAUUUAAAACACGGUCGGAGAAUGCGAUUAAACACCGCAUUGAGUCGGUAAUGCUGCCAAAUCUCAGGCUCUACAUGAUCCCAGAGGACAGUCGAAAAAUCCUCGAGGGCCUCAUAUCCAAGCAGAAGAAACCCAAUUUAGAAUUUGUAAACACUGAAACAAGGAGGAGGGUUAAUCCAAGGAGUGAUAAGGAAGAGGAAAUGGUACCACAGAUAGUGGUAGACGGACCGACAGAGGAGACAUCCAGAGAGACAGAGGGGGCAGCUCCAGCAGACACAGCAGAGGACUAUCUAAAGUACCACACAUUGCUGCUGGAGGCCACCAAAAGGGAGCAAGGGUGGAUAGAGGAGAGUAUGAACCAGCGAAGGAAGAUGAAGGAAAUGGAAGAGAAGAUGGAGGCUGUGGUGAGGGACAGAGAAGAUGUUAAGGAAGAAGUGGAAAGAUUGAGGAAGGAGAGAGACGAAUUGAGAAAGAAGAAUGGGAAUGAGGCAGAAGAGAGGUUCGAAAAGGAGAGAAAUGAGCUGAAGCAAGAGAUUUUAAGAAUCAAGACAAGCAGGAAUAGGGAAAAGGAUGCAGCACAAAAACAAAUUGAGGAAGGGCGCGCAACGGUAGAGCAAGUAGAGGAGCAAUUUGAGAUAUUCUUUGGUGUUUAUUUAAAAGUUUCUAUUGAUUUCAUAGUUUCCAAUAAUCAUAUUAAUAUUAAUCCAGUUAGUUCAGAUGAGCAAGUUCCUAUAUUGACACAGAUACUGGUAGUAACAUGUUUCACCUCCAAUGCUUACACUUUCUGA